CAUUUCCCUUUAGAGUAUUUCGUUAUCCACCGCCAUGGCACCAAAUAGGGAAAAGAACAUAGUUAGUCCACACUCUCAGAGCAACGGUACUAUCAGCAAGUCACGGCUUUCAAUGGAAAGUCUCCAAAGAACAAUAUCUGAUAUAUCGUUUGAACUAAGCAAAGAAGCCGUUGAUGCAAUCCUUCCGCCCAUAUCCGAAGUUGAGGAUGCCAAUUGCGAGUGCUGUGGCAUGUCUGAGGAGUGCACUCCAGAGUACAUUAGUCAAGUUCGAGACAAGUUCUCGGGGAAAUUGGUUUGCGGUCUGUGUGCGGCAGCUAUCAAUGAAGAGGUGGAGAAGAAUGGGGGCAAAAGAGAAGAAGCCCUAAAUGAGCAUAUGAGUGCUUGUGUGAGGUUCAACAGACUUGGUCGGACUCAUCCUUUAUUGUACCAAGCUGAGGCAAUGAGAGAAAUCCUGAAGAAGAGUUCAAGAAUCAGGGCUAAGUCGAUGAGUCCCAGGGACAAGAGUGGUCCAAAGAAGGGUGGUAUCUCAAGGAGCUCCAGUUGUAUGGCGGAUAUCGCCAAGGAGAAUAGUGACCAGACAAUGUAUCUCAGAUUUUUGUUUAUUCUUUUGCUUUUUAAACUUGAAAUUAAGCCUAUUAAAUCUAGAGCUACGAUUUUCUUGUGUCUAUGUUGUGCUAAGUUAUUAGUUGUCCCUAUCUGCUUUUAUCGGUUGCCCAUGAACAAGAAGUUGGACCUACGUGGCCCAAAAGAAGGAUCAAAUAAACAAUCUUUUAUGUAUCUUCCUAUGUCGUGGGCUUGUAAAAAUGGGCUAGCUCAAGGCGUGUCUACUUACAGUAAUAAAGACAAGAAUUUUGUUGGGAUGAAGGAUACUCCUGGAGCGAACACAUAUAAGUAUGGAAUAAAUGGAACUAGUUGGGAUAUGCACAAAUCUCUUGCACCAUAA